UCGAGACCGUUAAACCACUGCAGUUUAGUUUAAACUGCUGCAGGGAGGCGUGUUCUGCCAUCUGAUUGGCUGUUCAGACGUGACGUACAGCCAAUCAGAACGCAGUUUAAUGUCGUCAUAACGUCUAUGCAUAAAUAUUUUCGAACAUUUAAUUUAAAAUAAUACACUAAUGGAAAAGAGAACCUCAGUAGUCGCAUGUUUAUUAGGAUAAAUAUAUAUAUUACAAAUGAUAUGUAUUUAAUAAGCUAAACAUUCUCAGCUGGUGGCAGUGAUACGGCGACGCGCGAGGUACAAAUUUGGAUGAACAAAACCAGCGCGCUUCAUUUCUGGGGGGAAACAAUCAAGCUUUCAAACAUGGAGUUCAACGAAAGCGUCCUACUGAAACGUGAACGCGUCAACGACAACAAGCCUUUGGGAGGAGGGAGGCAGCGGGUGACUCUCCACUGCGGGCAGUGUAACGUCGUCCUGUCCGAUUCCUUCUUCGUCUGCGGGGAGGUUCCGAGUCUGGACUCCAUCGUGUGUCUGAAAGUAACUGAUGACGUGAUUGUUACUGAUGCAAAAAAGAUGGGAUACACAGGAGCUAUGGUGAAUUGCAUCUACAGCCGGCUCGUAUGUGGAGGCUGCGGUUGUGCUGUGGGGAGAGUGAUUCACGCUUCGCCGUCACGCGCAGCCAUGCUGCGCUCCUUCUUUCUGCUCUCCAAGGCAAACGUCAGCUGCUACGUUCUCAACAGCUGCUCAAUGGUGAAAUCGUCCAUGCUGUCAUUCAAUCACAAAUCCUUCAGAGAAAACAUGAGUGAGACCAAAGAAACGUUUGAGAAGACAGUAGAUCGGAUGUCGCGCCUGAGGAGCAGAAUAUUGGAGAGAAAUGCUUCUCGUGCGCAGAGCAAGAAGUGUGCAUGAACACCAGGCACACGCUGCUUUAACUUCACCUUCAGAUCAGUUUGAUCUGUGAACUGAUCUUUACAUCUGGUUGAUGGUGACGUGUCCCUGGUUCUUGUGGUCCUUUCUGCAAGUUUGAUGUUCUCCCUGUGCCAGCCCAGCUUUCUCCCAUUUCUUUACACCUACAGAUUCUAUGGGGAUUAUUCAUGUUUAUUUUCAGAGUGUAGGAAGAGAA